AUGGCUACAACAAUAAUUACAUUUCAAUCUAUAUAUAGAAUGAAAUACAUUAGACAAUUGAUAUUCAAUCAUAUUAAUGAUAUAUCAAAUCAAUUGUACAAAGGUAGUAUUUUUGAUGGUAGGGAGCGAUCAUCAAAAGGAAGAGAUAUCAUCAAGUUAACAUUACCUCGACUUGAAAUGGUAUCAAGAAAAAGAGCGAUUACUCAAUACUGUCAACAUCAUAAUGCAACAUUGGAUACACUCGUACAUCUAUUGGAAUGGUCUCCAGUCGUUCAAAUUGAAUGGCAGUACUUGAAAAGCAAUGGUCGUGAUAUAGGAAAUAAAGAGAUAUUGGAAUAUCUCAUCAAGAGGUGUGGAGAUUCGUCGAAUGACUUUCUUGUUUGGGCAAUGAACAGCGCUAUCAAUAAUGGAUAUCUCUCGACUGUCAAAUUGAUAGGCUCUAUCGAUGGUUUAAAACUAGAUAAAACAACAAUGAACAGAGCUGCUAGAGUAUCAAUUGAAAUUGUAAAGUAUUUACACGAGAAUAGAACUGAAGGUUGUAGUCAUUAUGCCAUGGACAAUGCUGCAAGUAAUGGUCGUUUAGAUAUUGUAAAGGUUAGUCUCAUUAGAUACAAUAUACAAUUUAAAUUAACUGAAGGUUGUUCAAAGAAUGCUAUGGAUAAUGCAGCUACGAAUGGCCAUUUAGAGAUUGUCAAAUUCUUACAUGAACAUCGUCAAGAAGGAUGCAACAAAGUGGCUAUGGAUCAUGCCUCAAGAAAAGGCCACUUGAAUGUGGUCAGAUAUCUUCAUGAGCAUCGUAGUGAAGGUGCAACAAGCAGUGCUAUGGAUUGGGCUGCUUGCAAUAAACACAUUGAAGUAGUCAAAUUUUUACACUUUAAUCGAAGUGAAGGUUGCCCGAAAAGGACUAUUCGAAAUGCUUGUCGUAGUGGGCUGCUUGAAAUAGCAUCUUUUCUCAUCAAUGUUAGAAAAGAGAAAUGUGAUGUAAAGGUACUUAUGGCCGCAUCAACUAGUGGGCUCUAUGAUAUUGUCAAAUCCAUUCUUGAGCAAUAUGGCCAUCAAAUAGGAAUAGAAUCAAUUGAAAAUGUCAUUCAACAAAUGAGUACUAGUACGAGUCCUCAAUCCGAGAUCAUUCAAUUACUCGAAUCUUAUUUGAAGCAGCAGCAGCAGAGAGAUCAUCAAGAAUAA